CGCUUUCUCUGCCCUUUCCCGGAGCUCGCACUUUGCCGGGGACCUGUUUCUCGAACUUCUGCACCCGUGUGCCCGUUGCCAACCGUAAACGACGGUCCCGGUGGCUCUCCUUGUGCUUUCCAAUGGCUUCCAGGCAUCCUUCCGCUGCCGAUGCUUGACCUUCACUGGAGGGCCAGGAGAGGGGGUGAUCGGCCAAGGCGCGUCGAUCUUUUCUUUUCUCUUCUCGAGCGAGUGUCUUUUAAAAAGAGCAGGGUGGCUCUUUGGGGAGAGCUGGAAGGUCGCUCCGGGGCAAGAGUCUCCUGCGCUUCGGUUUGAAGCCGUCCUUGUUUCAAAGCGUCACAAGCGCCCGGCGGGGCGGGGGGGGGGGAUUGACCAGAGUGCGGCACGCCUGUUGGGAAACUGACCAGAGGAAGGAAAGCUUGGGAAGAAGCUGCCCAAUCUCGGCUCAUUUUCUCUAAGCAAUACAACUCCACGGACGGCCACCCUUAGCCCGCUUGACUGUCGACCACCAUGGACCUGCCAGGCUGCAGCGCGCUCCCCGCCCGCCUGUGAGGCCGCCCCGCCGGAGAAGCGCCCUGAGCUCGGCUCGGCUCCCGUUGGAGCCCCGGUACGAGAGCCGAGGCAGCCGCCCUCCGGCCGCCCCUUCUGGAGCCCGCGGCUGGUGGCGGGCGCUGCGGCGAGAUGCCCGGGCGGCCGAGAGGGCGCUGGGGGGCGCUGUCGGGCGGCCCCUCCUGGCUGACGCCUGCGCUGGCACUGCUGCUCCUGCUGCUGCCGGCUGCCCGCCCUGGGGUGACCACGCAGAACGACACGGAGCCCAUCGUUCUGGAGGGCAAGUGCCUGGUGGUGUGCGACUCCAGCCCGUCCGCCGACGGCGCCAUCACCUCCUCGCUCGGCAUCUCCGUCCGCUCCGGCAGCGCCAAGGUGGCCUUCUCGGCCACGCGCAGCACCAAUCACGAGCCCUCCGAGAUGAGCAACCGCACCAUGACCAUCUACUUCGACCAGGUAUUAGUUAAUAUUGGCAACCAUUUUGACCUGGCUUCCAGUAUAUUUGUAGCACCGAGAAAAGGGAUUUAUAGUUUCAGCUUCCACGUUGUGAAAGUAUAUAACAGACAAACUAUCCAGGUAAGUUUAAUGCAAAAUGGCUACCCAGUGAUUUCAGCCUUUGCUGGGGAUCAAGACGUCACCAGAGAAGCAGCCAGCAAUGGGGUCUUGCUUCUUAUGGAGAGGGAAGACAAAGUCCACCUCAAACUGGAGAGGGGAAACCUCAUGGGAGGGUGGAAAUAUUCAACCUUUUCUGGCUUCUUAGUCUUUCCACUAUAAAGGGAGGUCAUGGUGAAGCCUGAUCUGCAAGCUGGAACAAGGAUCCGACCAUUAAAAAAACCACCCUCCUCCCUCUCCCAGAACUUGGCCAGACAUGCUAAUAACUCCAGCCGCCCAGUCAGACUGCCAUAAUAGAAGAAUGAGAACCCUUCUCAACGCCACUGUUUGCUUUGACUCUUGACAGAUCCUUGGGAAACCUGCGGCUCUAAUUAGUUUUAGAUGACAGUGAUCGUUAAGAGAAACAAAAUUAUCAACCUGAGCAAUUUGUACCUGUGAUUGUAAAGUCAAUUUUGGAUUUUAUUGUUGGGAUCAUUGACUUUCCUCCCUCAUUCUCUUUUCGUUGCCCGGAAGGGACAAAUCAGCUGGGACCACCUGACUGCUUCUCCAGGGCUUAACCCCCAAGGCCAAGAAGAGUCUGACAUCUGAGAAAGAAUUCUUGCAACGCCUUUUCUUUUUGUGUUUGUACAGCCUUAAAAAAAGAAGACGAAAAUAAGAAUGGCUUCAUUUUCAAUCCUGUAUCUUUUGGGGGGAGGGAAAUUUUUUGGACAUUACUGUGUCAAGAAGUGCUUUAUCCAGUGAAGCAAAUUUUGCACGAUUGGAAACUAUUCUGUUUUGUGUUCCUUGUGUUCUUCAUCGUUCUUUCUUUUCCUUUUUUGACUCUCUUUGUGCUAAAGAAGCAAGCUAGAGCACUUGAUAAGAUAAAACAAGCACAUCCGUACUCCGUAGCUUGCAGUGAAACUAACGAAUAAAACAGUUCUGCUUGCACUAUCUGCUGAUCUAAUAGAAGAGUUUGUCAUGAUUUGAGGAAGAGAGUGCACAUCUGAUUCUUGAGUUACAAUUUGGAACCUUUGAAGGGACUGACAUUUUCAGAAACUGUUCCAGAAGUCUGUCAAUCUUCUAUUUGAACAUACUUUAAAACAACAGCAAUUUUUGCACUUUGGGGAGUCCUUUGGUGCUUUAUUUGAUGGAUUUGAUUACUAAUGCCUUGAAUAUGUAGUGGUUUGGUCUCUGAGUGCUCCCAUGAGUUGUCUCCUCUCUGGUUUAGGUUGAAAACAAAAACAACAGAUCAUGACUGCCACGAUUAGGCAGGUAUUAGCAGCUGCCGUUAGUAUGUGUAUCAGAACCAGGAAACUCCAAGUCUGAAAAAGCUUCAUAAGGUUUAUAUGGUAGCUAUGAGUAUACCAGAAAUUGUAUUUACUUUUGAAAUUUAUUUUUUUCUGUUGAUUCUUUCUCUGUUAGCAUCCAAAGACUUUCAAAUAUAGUCAAUCCAAAACUGUAUACCAGAAAGGUCACUGAUUCCAAAUGAUAAAAGAAGAAACCUCAGGUUGAAUUCAAAUUCACCUUCUAUGUGUCAAUGUAACCAAAACGCUAAUGGACUUUAGAUUCAGAAUAAAUGGGUUUCAUGUCCAA